AUGGAAAAUUUUUCCCUCUUGACAAUCUCUGGGCCACGUCUCCCCAGCUUUGCCCUGAAGAGUGUACCUGACUUAACAUGCCCCGUGCACAAAAGCAGCUUGCCAGACUGCCUCCUCGCGGAACUGCAGAGCGGGGAGCCUCCACAGCAGAGCUGCACCAUCUACCGCCCCUGGUAUUCCCCGUACAGCUACUUUGUGUGUAUGGACCAAGACAGCCAAACUGAAGCUUGUGGUUUCCCAGGGACACUGAGAUGCAGUAGCCAAGAAGUCCCAGCGGACACUGGGCCUGCCGGAGACAACGUGGACAGUGGCUCCUCUUCCUCCGGCUCCCUGGAGGAAACAUAUCCCCAAGAGAGCAGCGGCAGCAGCAGCAGCAAGACCACGGACUGCAUCACUUCCCAGGACAUCCUCUUGGCUUCCGAGUGGCGGCCCCCGCAGCAGCAUGGGUGCCAAUGCGUGGCCUGCUGCCGAAUGUUCCCCACUUUGCGCUCGCUCAAAGCCCACAUCAAACGCGGAGCCCAGGAGGGCUUCAGCUGCCGGGUCUAUUACCACAAACUCAAAGCCCUGUGGGGGAAGGAGCGCAAGUGGCGCCCCUGUCGCCGCCCGCCGGGCAUCCGCAAAAUGCUCAAAUAG